AUGCAGUGGGCCGUGGGCCGGCGGUGGGUGUGGGCCGCGCUGCUCCUGGCUGCCGCUGCUGUGCUGGCCCAGGUGGUCUGGCUCUGGCUGGGCACGCAAAGCUUCGUCUUCCAGCACGAAGAGAUCGCGCAGCUGGCCCGGCAGUAUGCGGGGUUGGACCACGAGCUGGCGUUCUCUCGGCUGAUCGUGGAAUUACGGCGGCUGCACCCAGGCCACGUGCUGCCCGACGAGGAGCUGCAGUGGGUGUUUGUGAACGCGGGCGGCUGGAUGGGCGCCAUGUGCCUUCUGCACGCCUCGCUGUCCGAGUACGUGCUGCUCUUCGGCACCGCCCUGGGCUCUGGCGGCCACUCGGGGCGCUACUGGGCUGAGAUUUCCGACACCAUCAUCUCUGGCACCUUCCACCAGUGGAGAGAGGGCACUACCAAAAGUGAGGUCUUCUACCCAGGGGAGACCGUGGUCCACGGGCCUGGUGAGGCAACAGCUGUGGAAUGGGGGCCAAAUACAUGGAUGGUGGAGUAUGGUCGGGGUGUCAUCCCAUCUACCUUGGCCUUCGCGCUGGCUGACACAAUCUUCAGCACCCAGGACUUCCUCACGCUCUUCUAUACUCUUCGCGCCUAUGCCCGGGGCCUCCGGCUUGAGCUCACCACCUAUCUCUUUGGCCAGGACCCCUGACCAGCCAGGCCUGAACGAGGACCUGUGGAUGGACAGGAGCAGGCAGGCCUGCAUACAUCCACUUUCUGGAGCCCAUGUGAAAAGACAGGGACACAACAUGCAACUACUAAGUUCCUGAUGUACGAGCAGGGACACACAUGCUUAUGUAACCAAAUACAGAGACUCGUGGGAACAUAUGGGACAUACACGCAGAUACAGUCCCAUGUGUACGGCAGCAUCAUACGUUCACAACCAUCCAGAGAGGGAACCCCACAUGUACCAAGGGGGCCAGUCAUAUUCAGACAUACCACAAGCUUGAAUCACUAACUCAAGCCUUUUCCAGAGCUUUCCUGCCACCAGUCAAGGCUCUGGAGUUGGUGAUGGGUGUAGGUAUUAUACUCUGUCUGGGCCUGACCCUUCAACCCAAUAGCAGCUGAGGUGGGAGGGAGAUGAAGGGUUGCCUGUGGAGGCCCCCCUCAUCUCCCCAUCCUCACCAUAUGCCUUACCUCAUUCUGUUCCCCUUACUAUGCAAGUGCUCUCAUGGCCUGUCCCCACUCUUAGCAACUAAGUCAGCUGGGAGAACCGUAAGAAUGGAGAAUGCUGAGGUCAGGGUCCUUCUAUCCUGAAAGACCCCAUGCCUUUCCCCCAUUCGUCCCUUAGGAGUGUGAUUGGGGGAGGCUGGCCUCAGCUCAGGGCCCACUGCUGGGCAGAGGACCUAGAGAAGUUAGCCUAGGUCCAGGGGGCCAUCCCUGGCCUACAAAGGCCUUUUCUGCACACAUACACCCUCAUCACAGCUUCCACAUUCUGCCCUUGAUGUCUGUCCACCUGUCUCUGUUAAUAAAGACUUGUUGAACAGUCA